AUCUUCUCCUAUAUAAAAGGAGAAACAUCUUGGUUGUUUUAGUAUGCUUUUGAUUGAGAGAAACCGGUGAAGAGAGAUAUGAGUAAGUGGUGCAUUUUGGUGGUUUUGGCUCUUGCUGUAGUUGCAACAAGUGCAAGAAAUGUGCCUGUUGGAGAGGGUGGUUUGAAGGACGAGAAGACCUUUGGUGGGCUUGGUGGUUUUACAGGAGUUGGUAACAAUGGUUUUCCAUUUGGAGGUGCAGGCUUGGGCGGUGGUGGUGACGCUGGUGGUGGUGGACUUGGCGGACUAGGAGGAAUAGGAGGAGUUGGUGCUGGACUCGGUGGAAUAGGAGGUGCUGGACUCGGUGGAAUAGGAGGUGCUGGACUGGGUGAUGCUAGUGGACUAGAUGGUGGUGGCCUCGGUGGACUGGGUGGUUCUGCUGGACUCGGAGGAUUCAGCGGGUUAGGCGGUGGUGGAUUAGGUGGACUAGGUGGUUCUAAUGGAUUGGAUGGAGUCAGCGGACUUGGUGGUGGCGGACUUGGUGGUUCUGGUGGUGGUGUCUUUCCUCAUCCUUGAGUAACAAGAUAAUUACUAUAUAUGGAAUUUACUUUAUUUUAGUAUUAUUAAUAAAAUAAAAGUUAAUUAUAUUGGGUUUUAUUGUUAUCACAAUUGUUUAAUUUUAGUGUUCUAUUAUUAUAUUUUUCACCUACAGAAACUGUGUUAGCUAGUACUAUUUUGUUUUGUUAUGAUGUUUAUGAUGUGUUGUUCUUUCUAAUGUAAUGUAAUUGUA